AAGAUGAAAGAAUGAUUUUCCAAAUAUGAUUUCUCGAUAAAGAAUUUAAAAGGCAUCCACAAUGUUCUAUCUCAUAUGUUCUCUAGCCCUAGGAAAAAUUCUUCCAUUCCCUUGAUUUUAUUAUUUGUUUUAAAUUUUUUUUUAUCCUCCAAUUGCCAUACAAUUAAACAGAAAAUAUACUGGAUGCUUCAGUAAAUAAAGCGACCAUAUCCACACCCCUCGUGACUGUUCUGGACCGCCACCAGAGAUAACGAAGGCCACCAUCCAUGGCGUCUCCCGCGCUUUUACAGUCAACAGCUUCGCCAUUUCACGGCCAGUCGCCGGUGACCUCCGUGCCGUUGUGGGCACGAUUUCCGCAUGAAAGCCCCAGGGGCGGACUCAGGUUCGCAGUGAAGGCUGCGACUGGGGUUGUUUUGGUGGAGAAAUCUGAAGCAGAGAAGACCAAUCGACUGAAGACCAUGUAUCUUGAAAAGAUUGUUCCUUUACUGAAAGAAGAGUUCUCGUACCAGAACAUUCACGAGGUGCCGAAAAUCGAAAAGGUUGUGGUGAACUGUGGUAUAGGAGAUGCUUCACAAAAUGCAAAAGGUUUGGAAGCAGCAAUGAAUGAUUUGGCACUUGUUACAGGGCAAAGACCUAUAAAGACACGAGCUAAAAAUGCUAUUGCUGCCUUCAAACUCAGGGAAGGUCAACCAGUUGGGAUUGCUGUCACACUCAGAGGAAAAAUGAUGUACUCGUUUUUGGACCGGCUGAUCAACUUGGGGUUUCCAAGGACAAGGGACUUUCAAGGUGUAAACCCAAACAGCUUUGAUGGAAAUGGGAAUUACAGUGUUGGAAUGCGGGAGCAGAGUGUAUUUCCUGAGGUCAUGUUUGAUGCUCUUGGUAAGCCAAGGGGAAUGGAUGUCUGCAUAACAACAACAGCUAAAACAGAUAAAGAAGCCCAGAGGCUGCUCGCUCUCAUGGGUAUGCCCUUCAAAGAGGGUAGAGGUCCUACAGUUGUGGUACGCAGGAAGAAGCUGAGGUCUCACCAUUUUGACUCAAAAUCAAAGGUAAGGGGAAGAAAGUAGGAGAUUUUCUUUCCUGAAAGUCUAGGAGUGUCUUGUACCUUUAUUGCUGCUAUGUUAUUCUCUGUGAGUACGUACCUUAUUUUUGCACAUAUCCUUGAAAUGAAAGGGUAAUUAUGUCCAACAAAACUGUUUUCGUUUUGUAUUGUUUUUCUGGGCAUUACUUACUAAGGAUGUACAUUGUUGAGGAGUUUUGAAUAAAUUCAGGCCUAAUUUUGGCUCAUGUUUAUUGACAA